AUGGGCACAUGGCCAUGGGGUUCAAAGGCAAGCCGGUGUUUGGCACCCAGGGUUGAUGCUGGCUUCAAAGUAGCUGCCGUGUCGGUGAGGCAGUCCUGACCCAUGUACUCUCUCUCCUUUGCAGAGGCCAUGCCACUGAAACAUUAUCUCCUUUUGCUGGUGGGCUACCAGGCCUGGGCUGCGGGCUUGGCCUUCUAUGGUUGCCCAAGCGAGUGCACCUGCUCCAGGGCCUCCCAGGUGGAGUGCACGGGGGCGCGCAUCGUGGUGGUUCCCACCCCGCUGCCCUGGAACGCCAUGAGCCUGCAGAUCCUCAACACACACAUCACUGAACUCAAUGAGUCCCCGUUCCUCAACAUCUCAGCCCUGAUUGCGCUGCGGAUCGAGAAGAACGAGCUGGCCCACAUUGCUCCCGGUGCCUUCCGUAGCCUCGGUUCGCUGCGCUACCUCAGCCUUGCCAACAACAAGCUCCAGAUCCUGCCUGUUGGCCUCUUCCAGGGCCUGGAUAACCUCGAGUCGCUCCUGCUGUCCAGCAACCAGUUGGUGCAGAUCCAGCCGGCCCACUUCACCCACUUCAGCAACCUCAAGGAGCUGCAGCUUCACGGCAACCACUUGGAGUACAUCCCUGAUGGGGUCUUCGACCACCUGGUGGGCCUCACCAAGCUCAAUCUGGGCAAGAACAGCCUCACUCACCUCUCACCCCGGGUCUUCCAGCAUCUGCGCAACCUCCAGGUCCUCCGGCUGUAUGAGAACAGGCUCUCAGACAUCCCCAUGGGCUGUUUUGAUGGGCUCAGCAACCUCCAAGAGCUGGCCCUGCAGCAGAACCAGAUUGGAGUGCUGUCCCCUGGCCUCUUCCACAACAACCGUAACCUCCAGAGGCUCUACCUGUCCAACAACCACAUCUCCCAGCUGCCCCCCGGCAUCUUCCUGCAGCUGCCCCAGCUCAACCGGCUCACGCUCUUUGGGAAUUCCUUGAAGGAGCUCUCUCCCGGCAUCUUUGGACCUAUGCACAACCUGCGGGAGCUGUGGCUCUAUGACAACCACAUCACCUCCCUCCCCGAUAAUGUCUUCAGCAGCCUCCGCCAGCUGCAGGUCCUGAUCCUCAGCCGCAACCAGAUCAGCUACAUUUCCCCGGAUGCCUUCAACGGGCUGGUGGAGCUGCGGGAGCUGUCCCUCCACACCAAUGCCCUGCAGGAGCUGGAUGGAAGCAUCUUCCGCAUGUUGGCCAACCUGCAGAACAUCUCCCUGCAGAACAACCGUCUUCGGCAGCUCCCUGGAAACCUCUUCGCCAACGUCAAUGACCUGUUGACCAUCCAGCUGCAGAACAACCAGCUGGAGAACCUGCCCUUGGGCAUCUUUGAUCACCUGGGGAAGCUAUGUGAGCUGCGGCUCUAUGACAACCCCUGGAGGUGUGACUCAGACAUCCUUCCACUCCACAACUGGCUCCUGCUCAACAAGGCCAGGCUAGGGACAGACAGCCUCCCUGUGUGUUUCAGCCCAGCCAGUGUCCGUGGCCAGUCCCUCAUCAUCAUUAAUGUCAAUGUUGUUGUCCCCAGUGUCCAGGGCCCAGUGGUGCCCAGCUCCCCAGAGACGCCGACACACCCGGACACGUCCAGCUACCCUGACACGUCCAGCUACCCUGACACCACCUCCAUCUCCUCCACCACUGACUUCACCAGCCCCUCAGGGGACUACACUGAUCUGACCACCAUCAACAUCACCAAGAGUCGUGACGAGGGGGGCAUGACCCCGGCCCAGAGCGGGCUGGCCAUUGCUGCCAUUGUCAUCGGCAUCAUUGCCCUGGCCUGUUCCCUGGCUGCCUGCAUCUGCUGUUGCUGCUGCAAGAAGAGGAGCCACGCAGUCCUGAUGCAGAUGAAGGCACCCAAUGAGUGUUAGAGAGGAGGGCUGGAGUAAGGGCUGGGGGACAGUGGGACCCCCAGAGGACCCGGGAUUUCACUGUGCUGCCUCCACCUCUGGGUCCACACACCAUCCCCUGUCCCUGUCUCUCGGGUCCCCUAGAGAAAGGCACCCCUACCUUCUCCUGACCUGCCUGGUUCUCCUGUAGACAAGAUUCUGGCAGAACCUUCUUACUACCAGGGAGAUCUAACCUGCCAUGGAAAAAAAUCCUGUAGUGGUCCCAAUUCACAUCCCUGGGCUUCUUUCAAGAAAGCCCCUCCUCUAAAGCUCACCAGCUCUCCUCCAAAACUUGCCUCCUCUGUGUCUGUGCCCCUGUUGGCCUCUGUAGACACAGUUACCACACACCUGCCACUUUGUGGGAACAGUUCUCCACCGGGACCGCCCCUCUCCCAAGUAUUAUGUAAGUUGAUUCCCCUUCUUUGCUCCUCUUGUUUGUGGCAUGGCUCCACCCUGUCCCCUCAAAUGAAAAGUCUCUCUUCAUUUCCUGCUCCUGAAGGCAAGGUGACUUUUCUCCUCAAAGGAGGCUUCAAACCUUUUAGUUGCUUGUUCAAGAACUGCCAAAUGCCCUGGCUUUCAGGAUGCUAUGAGAGAGAGAAAGGGAAAACUGAGGCUGCUCAGUUCCUGAAGGCAGAGCCAUCAUCAGUAUCUCUCUUGUGAUUUUUAUCUGGAAAAGGAAGAAAGGCACCAGUGCAACAAGUUUUGCCUCUUUAGAGAAUAUUUCUGAACUGCAAACUUUGCUUUGAAAAUUUUAGUCCUUUAAGGAAUAAAAUCAUGUAGAAGUUCUGACCUCCCUAAAACAUGAAAGUCAGCUUAUUGGUAUUGGAUGGAGAAAGCAAUCUGGUACCUGGGGGUCCUUGUGUUCACCUGCAAGGUUUUUCUCUUUUAACUGUUUCUGGAAGUGUAACCUACAUACAGAAAAGUGGGAACAUGCUAGUGUAUAGUUUGAUGGAUUUUCACAAACUGUACAUACCUGUGUGAUUAGUACCCAGUUCAAGAAAUGAGACAUCACCAGGAUCCUCCAUCUGGGCCUUUUACUGGAGAAGACUGGGGCUUGUGGAGGUGGUAUGGACUUAACCUGGGAACUGUCUCCCCACAGAUCAGGAUGGGCCCCUGCCUGCCCUCCCUUUUCUGCAGCCUGUCCUUGCAAAGGCCCAGCUACCAGCGGUGGAGGAAAAGAUGUAGGUAUACUCUGGCCUGAGCAGGAGAUUGUAUUCAAUGCCAGACCUUCAGGCACCCAGACUGGCCAGGUCAGAAGCAUCUCAACUAGAGAGGUCCAUGCAACCACACACCCUACACUGCCAACAAGCUGUCUGUUGCUCAUUGGAGGUUCCUCUGCUUGGGCCUUUUAUGGGCAUGAGAUGCCCUAUAUCUGUUUUUAAUUUUCACUCUGCAUCUGGGGAAGUGAAAUAGCUCAGAGAUGAGAUCCUUUAAUUGGACAGCCAAGUAUAAUAGAACCCAGCAAUCCCUCUGGUCGUGGUAAAAUUCUUCAUAGACAUUACAGUCAGCUAGAAACUGAACUUCAGCAUUCUCACACAUAGCAGGCAACACGGAUUCAGACAGAUCAGACUGGGUCAGGGACCUCUCUGAAGCUUCUCCCUGCCUGUAGUCUGGUUACAAGAGUUGAGUGCUUUGGUUCAGUGUUGCAGUCACAUGAAUGCCUGCCCUGGCCACCAUUCCUGCUGCACACAUAUUCACACUGGUAAAGAAAGUACACUCAUAGCAAUGCAUGUCUUUCUCUGGACAACUGGUAGACCACUUUAGAAGUACAAACAGUGAAAUGGAGACUUUCAGGUGUCUGUGUCUGCCCAGAAAAGAGCUGUAGCCAAUACUGUACAGAUUUGGAAAUCUGCCAUCAAUCCUUACUGGCCUUUACUAGUUUCCUCUGCCCCAUGAGACAAAUAAGAAAUACACUUCGGCCUUAACAGCAUGGUGCUGACAGGUCCCGACGAAGAGUCCAGGAACACGUGUGUUAAGAACUAGUGCAUUUUGUAGCUUUUUGCUCUCUGUCACAGGAAAUCUGGGGGAGAUGUUGUUAGAGGCAAAAGAUAUUAUCUCCCCAAGGCAAAUCUGGGUCUCCAAAAUGUUUUCAAAAUAUUUAUAGUACCUGGCAGACAUGUACCAGCGUUUGCCAGGGUCUAAAAGGAAAUGAGCCUAGAGCUUGGGGCUUGAGCAUCAUUCCCAAUGGUCA